AUGUAUAUUUAUUGGAAUUUUGGAAAAUUUUACCGAAUAAUUGGGAUUAAUCAAUUUAAAGUAAUGGAUAGAAAUUUUGAAAUAGGCAACAUGAUGUUGCCCUUAGCACUGGAUAUUUUGCAGUACAUUCCUUCUCCGCAGCGAUAUGCGAGUGACUACCAACCUCCUAAUUAUACAUUAUGGUUCCUUGAACCUCAUACAAGACUUUCUUGGCUUCAAAUUUUUUUAGUGGUCUUAUACAAACAUUUAACAGCAAGUAAUGGCAACGUACUGUCCACAACUUUUUCCAAGAAAAACAUCGAUAAACACAACACAAACCAAAUUGAAAAACAUGAUUGUGACAAGUUGAAUACACCUUUUAUUGUGGCAACAUGGAACGUUAGAACGCUGUACCAGACUGGAAUAUUUGAAAGCAUAAAACAAAAAAUGAAAAGAAUGAAUCUCAGCAUUCUAGGUUUGAGCGAAACUCUGUGGAAAACAUCAAGUGUCAUUACCUUUGAAGAAGGCAAAUUUUUCUACUCUGAAGCUCACAAGUAG